AUGGGCACAACUGAAGCCACUCUACGUAUGGAGAACAUGGAAGUGAAAGAUGAGUGGCAGGAUGAGGAUUUUCCCCGGCCUCUUCCAGAGGACGGUGACAUCGAUGGAUGUGGUCUUACUGAUAAUAGAACCUCUCCACCCACCUCUCUGAAUGUUGGCCAUGGGGGAGGAUCCUCCGCCAAUAGGAAACGUCGCACCCUUGUUGCCCCUGAGAUGAACCUAUCACUUGACCAGAGCGAAGGGUCCAUCCUCUCCGACGACUUCCUGGAUACGCCUGAUGACCUGGACAUCAACGUGGAUGACAUUGACACACCGGAUGAGACAGACUCUUUAGAGUUCAUUACCAAUGGCAACGAGCUGGAAUGGGAAGAUGACACCCCUGUGGCAUCAGCCAAGGGUGCUCCAGGGGACGGGUCAGGGCAGGGGGGUGAGGAGCGGGACGGAGCAGGUCGACUCUGGAGGACAGUGAUCAUCGGAGACAAGGAGCACAGGAUAGACAUGCAGGUCAUCAGACCUUACCUGCGUGUCGUCACUCAUGGAGGAUACUAUGGUGAAGGGCUGAAUGCUAUCAUUGUGUUUGCUGCCUGCCAUCUCCCUGACAGCAGUUGUACAGACUAUCAUCACAUCAUGGAAAACCUCUUCCUGUAUGUUAUUAGCAGCCUGGAGCUCUUGGUGGCUGAGGACUACAUGAUAAUCUACCUGAACGGAGCAACUCCUCGUCGAAAAAUGCCAGGCAUCUCCUGGCUGAAGAGGUGCUAUCAGAUGAUUGAUAGAAGGUUGAGGAAAAAUCUGAAGUGUCUGAUAAUUGCACAUCCAUCUUGGUUCAUCCGCACUGUUCUAGCCAUCUCAAGGCCUUUUAUCAGCGUAAAGUUUAUGGAGAAGAUCCGUUAUGUUAACAGCCUGGAAGAGUUGGCUCAGAUCGUACCCAUGGACCACGUGCAGAUCCCAGAGUGUGUCCUGCAGUAUGAUGAGGAGAGAAUUAAAGCACACAGGGAAAGGUGA